AUGGGUGGGGCCUUCAGAGCAGCACACACCUCCUUCACCUCCUUCACCUCCUUCACCUCCUUCACCUCCUUCACCUCCGCCUGCACAUCCACCACUCGGCAAAGACCUCCACGCCAGAAGAUGGACGCCCGCCCGGCAUCUCUGCUCCUGCUGGCUGUGCUGUGCUGCCACUCAGCAGCAGCUCAGAAGUUGGUGGGCUGCUGCCUGGAGACCUCCGCCAGGGAGUGCUUCCCCCUCCAGAUCCUGGCCAGCCAUCACCUCCAGGAAGCCGGGAAGGGCUGCAAAAUCAGCGCCACCGUCUUGGUGACAAAGGCGGGCAAGAUGCUGUGUGCCCCCCCGCCGGACAAGAGCCCGUGUGUUGGAAACCUCAUUGCUUACCUGGAUAAGAAAAGUAAAGAUGGUGCGCGCUCCACCCGCGCGUCUGCUUUUGGAAGCGCUUAAGAGGGAAGAAGAAGAACGAAGUGGACGUGUUUGUUUGUUCUGAGUGUGAAACACAACGCACGUUAUCCAUGAUUCAUUCUGUGACGUCAUUUCCUGCUGCUAAAGGGAUAUCCAAAUGUUCUGCUGUGUGUUGCGAGGGUCGUUGUGUU